AUGAGAGGUCACUAAGCUAAUGCUAAUGAUUAUCUUAAGUUCAUGCUAAAGAGAAGAUAUUUCUAUGCUAUUCACUAAUUCUCCAGAAUGCAUAACAAGAAACUAGAAUCAAUAAAAAGAGUUUAAAGCUAUUUAGACCAUAAGAAAAAGAUUACAGUAUUAAGACUAUUCUAAAGAAAUUUGACUUAAGGAAAGAAAAGUUAGAAAAAUCUGAGAUUGGCUAUAGUUUUAAAGGACUUUAGAUAACAGUAAAAUAGUAGGAAACUGUAAAAUCUAAGGAAAAUAAGACUAUUUUAAACAAAGAAAUACUUCAAUAUGCUAUUAAAAGCUUUAAAGGUGUAUGAAGAUGAUACCCUUACAUAGGUUAGAUAGCAUAACUAACAACUAAUGAGGUUGAAAUUUUUCCAAGCUUGGAGAUCUCAUAUCUCAAAGAGGUCAAAGUAAAUUGAAACUGAAAACUAGGUUAUGCAAAUUCAUGAAAAAUAAGUAUGCAAAAUUAUCAUUAAUCAGAUGAAAAAGGUAAUUAAUAAGAAAAAAGAGUUAGGAGAAAAAAGUGAAAGAAUCAAGAGGACUCAAGAGUAGAGAAUAUUAGGUCAAGUAGCUAGAAGGUUCAGAUACAUGAGAUUACUUUAGAAGCCUAUCAGUUCAUUUAAGAAAUACAUCAAAGAGAAAAGUUUGUCAAGGUAAAAUAGCUCAAGAGCAGUGGAAUUAUACAAAGAAAAAGUUAAAAAAUUGCUUUGGCAAUAAUUUAAAGAGAUAGAUGAGUUGAAUAAAUAUAGAAGCAUCAAGGCAAUGAAGUUUAUCAAUAGAAAGAGAAUAAGCAUUAUGAGAGUUCAUUAUGAAGCUAUGAGAACUUAUUAUGAAACAAGAAGUGAUAAAAGACAAAAAUACGCAAUAGCUCAGAUUUCUUAUCAAAAUAAAUUAGCUUAGGAAGUAUUUGGAGCAUUCUUUAAUCAAAUGAGGAAAGAGAUAAAUAUUAAGCAUCAGCAUUAGUUUAAAGAGCAACGAUUAGCAAAGUUUCAUUAGAGAGUAUUCAAGGAAAAGGUAUUCAAGCAACUAAAAUCCCAUAGAAAUGAAUAGCUUACUUCAAAACAAAGAUUAGAGCUAGUUAAAAAGAAGCUAAAUCGUAGGAAGCUUUUUAAAUGUUUGAAAGCUAUUUAGCUCUCCACUAAAAUCUAAUCUGAUGCAAGAUAGUUGAGGACUAUGAGUUAUUUAUUCUAUAAGAAAAGGAGCCAGAUUAAAAUCAUCUGUUUGUUAAAGCAGUAUAGGCAGUUACGAAGAAAAAAACAAAUGAAAAAUUUUAAGAUACUCAAGAUUUGGGCAUUAAAAGCUAAAAAGAAAUCCUUUAUAGGAUUGAUAGCAUUUAUGUAGUAUCAAAAAGAAAAGAAGCGAAUACUUGCUCAUGCAUUUGAAGAACAUGAAAAAACUAAAAAGACAGCUGUUUUAUAUAAAAUUUCCAGAGUAGCUAAUUAUUGGAAAAGUAAGAGAGAAGAAUAUUAAGAUAAUAUCCGCUCAUGGGAAGACAUAAAAUCUAAUAACAUAUUCUAAAAAUGGAAAUAUUAAACUUUAAGGAAGGUUGAAAUUUAAAGCCUAUAAAAUCCAAGAUACGAUAGCAAUGCACCUAGAGAUAAAUUAUCCACUACUAAUAAUUAUCAAAUAGUUCUUAGUUAAAGAAAAUUCCUAAUUAAGUCUAGUAAUCAAAAAGGUCACUAUAGAUAGAUACAAGUGAAAAUUAAGAAGAAAGUAAUUUAAUAAGUUGGCUAAAUGGCUUCAACCCAUAGUAAAAUUAGCAAAUUAUUACUGAUUAACUUAGGACACAAAGUAUCUAAGAGUAAUAUGCUUUGCCAACUCCAGAAUAAAAUUUGA